AUGCACGGCGAAGGGACUCCCUCCAAUUCUGCUGUUUCCUCUGAUGAUGAAGGGGAUGUUAGCUACAGACGUAGGUCAAGAACCCUACCCAGUGAGUCUUUCUCCUACGAUGAGGAGCACCACCACAAACGGAGGACUGGUUCUUGUCCCUCCAGGGUGUUGUCUGUGGCUCGGCUGUCCGCCGAGGACCUUAAUUCUGAGCCAAAGAAGGCUAGAGUGGGGAUUCGACCGACGCUAAGUUUUUCAAAUGAGGAUAAGAUGGGAACCAUCCAGCCACACGAUGAUGCUUUGGUGGUCACCCUCAAGAUAGGAGGGUAUGAUGUAAAGAGGGUGAUGGUGGAUCAGGGCAGCGGGGCGAAGAUUAUGUACCCGGAUUUGUACAUAGGCUUGAACUUAAAACUUGGGGAUCUGACAGCGUAUGAUUCACCUUUAGUGAGUUUUCAUGGGAAGGUUGUCAUCCCAAAGGGUGAGAUUAGGUUGCCCGUUCAGGCAGAUUCGGAGGUGGUUGAAGUGGACUUCAUUGUAGUGGAUGCAUACUCUCCUUACAUGGCCAUUGUGGCCAGACCCUAG